AUGGCACCCAGUGCAAUUAUCCCAGAGACACAAGAUGAGCAUACAGCUCUAUCCAACGUUGUCAAGUUGAUCAAGAACGAUGACUCCAAGACAAUCGAUCUUGCUUUGCGACAAUUCCGUUGUUUAAUUGCUGAUCUAUGUGAGCAAUUCAAGGGCGGCCACCCUGGAGGUGCUAUGGGAAUGGCCGCCAUUGGCCUCGCCCUCUGGAAAUACAUCAUGCAGUACUCUCCCAACGACCCGGAAUACUUCAACCGCGAUCGCUUCGUUCUCUCCAACGGCCACACAUGUCUCUUCCAGUAUACAUUCCUUCAUCUCACUGGUUACAAGGCCAUGACCUUUGAACACCUCAAAUCCUACCACUCCUCCAACUACGACUCCCUGGCACCAGGACAUCCCGAAAUCGAGCAUGAAGGCAUCGAAGUGACUACUGGUCCUCUUGGCCAAGGCAUUGCCAACGCUGUCGGUCUUGCCAUGGCUACCAAGAAUCUCGCCGCCACCUACAACAAGCCUAAUUUCGAACUUGUCAAUAACAUGACUUAUUGCAUGAUAGGGGACGCAUGCCUGCAAGAAGGUGUCGCUCUUGAAGCCAUACAGCUGGCGGGCCACUGGAAGCUCAAUAACUUGGUGGUCAUGUACGACAACAACCAGGUUACCUGCGAUGGCAGCGUCGAUCUCUGCAACACCGAAGAUGUCAACGCCAAGAUGCGCGCUUGCGGCUGGGAAGUGAUUGAGGUCGAAGAUGGUUGCUAUGAUGUUGAGGGUAUCGCCGAGGCCCUCAUUAAAGCCAAGGCAAGCACUGACAAGCCCACUUUCAUCAACAUUCACACCGUCAUCGGUGUUGGUAGUAAGGUUGCUGGCGAUGCCAAGGCUCACGGUGCUGCCUUUAGCCCCGAAGGUGUCAAGGCCGUCAAGGAGCACUUCGGCAUGGAUCCUGACCAGCAUUACGUCGUAUCCGAUGAAGUUUACAGCUUCUUCCGUGACCGUAAGGCCCGCGGCGAUCGUCUCGUCGAAGACUGGAAGAAUCUCAUCGACGCUUACAGCAAAGAGUACCCCGAGCUUCACCAGGAAUUCAUCAAGCGUGUCGAGGGUCGUUUUACAGAAGACUGGCGAAGUAUUAUUCCUGCUAAGGAGUCACUGCCUACUACUCCAACGCCUUCUCGAAAGUCUGCUGGCAUCAUCUGUAACCCUCUGGCUGCCAAGCUUAAGAACUUCAUGGUUGGUACAGCUGAUCUGUCACCCUCUGUCAACAUGAUCUGGAAAGACAAGGUUGACUUCCAACAUCCCGGUCUCAAGACCACAUGCGGUAUCAAUGGAGACUACUCCGGCCGCUACAUCCACUGGGGAAUUCGUGAGCAUGCAAUGGCUUCUAUCUCGAACGGUCUCGCCGCCUACAGUAAAGGCACCAUCCUCCCUGUCACCUCCAGCUUCUUCAUGUUUUACAUCUACGCCGCCCCUGGUGUCCGCAUGGGUGCCCUCCAAAACCUCCAGGCCAUCCAUAUCGCCACCCAUGAUUCUAUUGGUACCGGCGAGGAUGGUCCUACUCAUCAACCCAUUGCUCUUGCGACUCUAUACCGCUCCAUGCCCAACAUCCUUUAUAUCAGACCUUGCGACACGGAGGAGACUGCCGGUGCCUUCAUCACCGCCCUAGAGGCAAAGGACACCCCUUCUAUUAUCUCCCUCUCCCGACAGAACCUCGAGCAGUACCCUCAGUACUCGAGUCGUGAAGGUGCACAGAAAGGUGCCUACGUGUUCAUCGAGGAGGAGAAUGCCGACGUCACCCUGAUCGGUGUUGGUGCUGAGAUGCUCUUCGCCGUUAAGACUCGCGAGGUCCUCAAGGACAAGUUCGGUAUCAAAGCCCGCGUCGUCUCCUUCCCCUGCCAACGCCUCUUCAACGUCCAACCGCUUGAAUAUAAGCGGCAGGUUCUACAGUAUCGUUCCAACGCCCCCCGUGUUGUUAUUGAAGCCUAUGCCGUUAAUGGUUGGGAGAGAUACGCCGACGCUGGUUAUUCCAUGUCAACAUUUGGCAAGUCGCUACCUGGAAAGGAUGCAUACAAGUACUUUGGCUUUGACGAGACUAUCAUUGCUCCAGAGGUCGCCAAACUCGUAGAAGAGGUCAAGAAGGAGGGCAUCGAGAGUCUACGCGGCGAGUUUAGGGACCUUAACAACGUGACACAUGAACAUUGA